CUUACAUAACAUCUUUCCUAUCCGUAUACCCUUUCAACGACAGGACACCGGCAAAGCAACCUAGGCCACCGGCGUAACAUAUGGCGAGCCUGAGCAAGACGACUAGAACGCCAAAGAGAUUAGAAGUAAACCAGCGUGCGCUGGUCGACAAAGUACUCGCUCGAUACCCCGAAGAGUUUACAGUGUUCCGAGAAUUGUUACAGAAUGCCGACGACGCUAGAGCCAAGAAGGUCCUAUUAGAGUUUCAGACGAAGGACUACGCUACACAUCCUGCGGGAGCAAAUGGAAUUAAUGGCACGACCCCCGGCCUUGCUCACAACGAAGGUGAGCUCGGGGUGGUGCUGCCCUCGGAAUUACUAAUGCUCAGCAUCCCAACCGCUGUACAAAUGAGUUGUUCGCAACAAUGGUGAUUAUUUCGAAGAUAAGGACUGGGUACGACUGACGCAGAUUGAUAAGAUGGUUCAAUUCCGAAAUGAUUCGCGCUGACUUUUACCCAACCCGGACGAACAGAAGAUCGGGGCAUUUGGAGUUGGUUCGUAGAGUUA